GAUAAAAAGGUAAGAGUACAUAAUAUAGUUGUACUUAGCGGUGCCGACAAUCCUUCUCAACUUGCCCACCAGCUAACCGGAUUUCGGUGACGCCGACGAUGGUGGCGGAGGAGAGGACUGAGUUUCGCUGAGCAGUACUUUCAAAUAUUUCACUGCCUCUCUUAUCAUCAUUUGUUUCUCACCGUAGCUGAGUUCAUUUGUAUUCACAGGGUGCUUUUUACAUUAUCCCCAUGGAAGAUGACAUGGAGAUAGACCAUAAGCGGAGGAAAAUUGCUUGUACGGAUUCUCGUUUGCAGUGGAGCAAGUGGCAACUGCUUGAUUCCAUUCUCCCUACAGGCGCUUUUGCACAUUCUUUGGGACUCGAGGCAGCAAUUCAAGCACGCAUAAUCUCAUCUCCUGAAGAUUUUAAGACUCAUGUGAUUUACAUUCUGGAGAAUACUGCGAGUUUACUUCUUCCUUUUGUGUGUUCUGCUACCUCCUCUACCGAUUUGGAUUCCUGGCAAAAGCUCGACAAAACAUUGGAUGCAACUUUAACUAAUGAAAUAAGUCGAAAAGCAUCGAUUGCACAAGGGGCAGCUCUCAUGAGGGUAGCUGCAGCUGUGUUUACCGAAAUCCCGUCUCUGAAAACCAUGAGAGAUACAUUUAUUGGUUCCGAGGCUGUUGUCUUUCACCAUGCUCCCGUCUUUGGUGUAGUAUGUGGACUUCUAGGGAUAGAUAGUGAAACUUCUCAAAGAGCGUACAUGUUUAUAACAUUGAGAGAUGCCUUUUCUGCUGCGACAAGGCUGAAUUUGGUCGGACCACUUGGUGGAGCUGUGUUGCAGCAUCAGUUGUCUGUUGUUGCUGAAACAAUACUGGAGAAGUGGAUGGAUCGGACAGUUGAGGAAGCUUGCCAAACUGCUCCUUUGCUUGAUACUCUUCAAGGCUGUCAUAGCUAUUUGUUUUCAAGAUUGUUUUGCUCCUGAUCAGCCCUCGAGAAGCUAGAAACUUAAUUUCUUUCUAGUUCUCUUUCUUUUACGAGUUUGAUUAGCUAUAUAUAUUCUGUGUCGGAGUCGGGUGCCACGCAAUGCAACAUCAAGAAGCUGACCAAAACCCUGUUGUGAGAAGCGGCUGCACUGUCACCCGCACCCCUACCUCCUCCGGCCUCACCACUGCCUCCACCGCGUCAGCUUGUUGCAGUCUGCUGCUCCUUUUAUUUGCAGUAGCGAUUUUUGUCUCUAUGGCUCUUUAUCUAAGCUUUUCAGUGGAUGAAGUAGUUCAGUAUAAGAACGGGAUGAAAUUCUAUGCACCAAAGUUGAAAGUUGAUGAAGUGAAAGUUGCAUAUUUCAAUGUCUCUUCUUCUUCUCAUAUAACCGCUGAGUGGAUAGUAAAUUUCACUCUGACGAACCCUAAUGAUUUUCUGCUUUUUUACCAAAAUGUUGAAACUAGUGUUUUCUUUAAAGAUGUUAAAAUAGCUUCCGUCGCGAUUAAGGAUUUCUGUAGUUCGGGAGUUUCAAAAAUGCAGGCAAGUAUCGUUGCUGACUCGAUGAGUUUGAACGAAACAGGAGUAGGAAAACAACUUAUUGGUGAAAUUGAGGGUGGAAUUUUGAAUUUCGAAGUCACGAUUAAUGCCAAUUUAGCUAAGCAUAACAAGAUGCCUUUGAUUAAAGUAGAGAAUACGCAGACGAGGCAAAUGAAGUUCAGAUGUGAAAUCAAGUAUGAGAGGUUCGUGGGCUGGUCCGUCGGUACGCAAUAUCCGCUUGUCAUGUGGUAGUUCAUUUUGUUUUUGAAUUUUUAGUUUUCCAUGAAUUUCUUGUUGAAGACCUUGUUCAUGUUUAUUCAAGCAUUGUAAUUUUCCUAGUUUUACUAUGUUUUCGGGUGUUCAAUCCCAACAUAGAAGGGGUUGUUAGUUUUGAAUUGGAUAUUUUUGUGAGAAAAAUCUUACCUGCUAAUGUUACAUCAGGAGCUAGUUUUAAAUUUCAAAA